AUGUAUGGACAAAAGGUCCCAAUCCCAAGACUGGGUAUGGAUGUGUUUAUGCUUGCCCAGCCAAAAGCACGUGCCCAGGUCGAUGCCGAAACACAUUACAUCCUUUUGGACGAUGCCCCACAGACACAAAAGUCUGCGUGUGUCUGA